GCGGGGGGAGGUCGCACGGUGGCGGGAGCGCGCCCCGCGCGUGACGGACCGCGAGAGCGCGCCCCACUCACAGUCAGUCACGAAUCAUACACACACAGAGCGCGAGAACUAAUGGUGGGAUCGGAUCGGAGCAAAACGCUCGUCUGCUCUGCACAGGAUCGCUCGGCGCUCACUUUCAGAUUCAAACAACAAGCCGAGGAGGAAUAAAACAUUACAAAACAUACCUGUAUGAACGGGGGACACAAGUACACAGUAUGGUCCGGGAAACCAGGCACCUCUGGGUGGGGAAUUUGCCAGAAAACGUGCGAGAGGAGAAAAUUAUUGAACAUUUUAAACGAUAUGGACGUGUGGAAAGUGUCAAAAUCCUGCCCAAGAGGGGCUCUGAGGGAGGAGUGGCGGCGUUUGUGGAUUUUGUGGACAUCAAAAGUGCCCAGAAGGCACACAAUUCAGUCAACAAAAUGGGAGACAGAGACCUGCGGACGGAUUACAAUGAGCCGGGCACCAUUCCAAGUGCAGCACGAGGCUUGGAUGAUACAGUUUCCAUAGGAUCUCGUACUAGAGAGGUUUCUGGGUUCAGAGGUGGUGGUGGGGGGGCCGCCUAUGGGCCCCCGGCAUCACUCCAUGGCCGGGAAGGACGCUAUGAGCGAAGACUCGAUGGGACGUCCGAAACAAGGGAUCGUACUUAUGAACACAGUGCCUAUGGACACCAUGAGAGGGGGACUGCGGGAUUUGAACGCACGCGACAUUACGAUCCGGAUUACUACCGUCCGGAUCAAGAUCGGACUCUGCCGCUGCGUGGCGGUGGAGGGGGCGGCAGUGGCGGCUCUGGUUCAGGUGGCGGUGGCGGCGCCGGCAGCAGCGGCUCUACGAGCGGGGUGUAUUACGGCUCCCGCAGUCGCAGCCCCAGCCGCUUCGAGACGCCUGAGCCCCGGUAUGAGCCACGCCCCCGAGAGCCUCCCUUCACACUAGCCAGCGUGGUGCACAGAGACCUGUAUCGUGACGAGCUGAGCCGCGAUGUGCGCGGCCGCAGGACAGAGCGGGGCUACCAGCACAGCCGUAGCCGGUCCCCGCAUUCCUCCCAGUCCCGAAACCCCUCCCCACAGCGCCUGACCAGCCAGCCUGCACGCCCCACACGCUCCCCCAGUGGCAGCGGCUCCCGCAGCCGAUCUUCCAGCUCCGACUCGGUCAGCAGCAGCAGCAGCACCAGCAGCGACAGCAGCGAUUCCAGUAGCAGUUCAAGCGAUGAGUCCCCGGCGCGGUCAGUCCUGUCCGCAGCAGUCCCUGCACCCCCCACGCAACCCCCCCCAGCACUAGACAAGGACGAACCGCGCAAGAGCUUCGGCAUCAAGGUGCAAAACCUACCCGUCAGAUCAACAGACACUAGCUUGAAGGAUGGGCUUUUCCAUGAAUUUAAGAAGUAUGGGAAGGUGACAUCGGUGCAGAUCCAUGGCGCCUUGGAGGAGAGGUACGGCCUGGUCUUCUUUCGACAGGAGGAGGACCAAGAAAAGGCACUCAACGCCUCCAAGGGCAAGCUGUUCUUUGGCAUGCAGAUAGAAGUGACUGCCUGGACUGGGCCUGAGACCGAAAGCGAGAAUGAAUUUCGACCACUGGACGAGAGGAUAGAUGAGUUUCACCCGAAAGCUACCCGAACGCUCUUCAUUGGCAAUUUGGAGAAAACCACCAGCUACCAUGACCUGCUGAACAUCUUUCAGCGAUUUGGAGAGAUUGUGGAUAUUGACAUUAAGAAAGUGAACGGCGCCCCUCAGUAUGCCUUUCUGCAAUACUGUGACAUCGCCAGCGUCUGCAAAGCAAUCAAGAAGAUGGAUGGAGAGUACCUGGGAAACAACCGGCUCAAGCUGGGGUUUGGAAAGAGCAUGCCUACCACCUGUGUGUGGCUGGAUGGCCUGGCCUCCAACAUCACAGAGCAGUACCUCACACGACACUUCUGUCGCUAUGGACAUGUGGUCAAGGUUGUGUUUGACCGGCUGAAGGGAAUGGCCUUAGUCCUGUACAACAACAUUGAAUACGCUCAGGCAGCAGUAAAGGAAACUAAAGGUUGGAAGAUUGGAGGGAAUAAAAUCAAGGUUGAUUUUGCUAACCAGGAAAGUCAGAUGGCUUUUUACCGCUCAAUGCAGGCAUCUGGACAGGAUAUACGAGACUUUUAUGAAAUAUUAACUGAAAGAAGAGAUGAGCGUCGGCCCCCCUUCACUGAGUUCUCUGCAGAGCGUGCAUUCUACGAGAAUCCUCGAACACCAGGGACGUACACUGAAGACCCUCGUCGGGAGUACCCAGCCCGGAGCAGGGAGUUCUAUGCAGAGUGGGAUCCUUACCAGGGAGAUUACUAUGAUCCGCGCCACUAUGAGGACCCCCGAGAGUUUAGAGACUUCAGAGACCCCUACGAGCAAGACAUCCGUAAAUAUAGCUACUUGCAGCGUGAACGGGAGAGGGAAAGGGAGCGGUUUGAAACUGACCGGGAGAGAGACCACACCAGGAGGACCAUAGAGCGCAGCCAGAGUCCUAACCACCCCCGACGGACCACCAGUACCACAGCCUCCCCCUCCCCUUCCGAGAGGCUCCCCAGUGACUCUGAACGGCGCAUAUACAGUCGGUCUUCUGAGCGCAGUGGCAGCUGUAGCUCCCUCUCCCCACCCCGCUAUGAGAAGCCUGAUAAGGUGCGGCCAGAGCGUUACCCAAAGAAUGACAAAGCAGAAAAAGAUAGACCCUUCGAUGCAGAGAGAGUAGACAAAGAGAAGCGGGCUGCUAGGAAAGAGAAGGUAGAAAAGGACAAAACGGAAAAGCAGAAGUUGCGGAAGGUGAAGGCACAAUCUCCAAGUAUUCCUUCCUCAGAGACUGACCCUGAGCCGGAGAGGGAACCCAGUCCAGACACUGUGCUACGAAGGAAGAACAAAUCCCUUGCUGCAGAAAAAGAUGGGGCCAACAAGAACCGCCUUGACUUGCUUCCCUGUGUAGUACUUACUAGGGUGAAGGAAAAAGAAGGCAAGGUUCUGGAACAACCUGGCUCGGAGAAGCAGAGACUGAAAGUAGAGAAUGAUAGUGUCAGGUCUCCUCCUCCUCCCCCCCCUCCUCCACCCCCAGAGCAGAAGAUUAUGUUAUCCCGCUUGGAGCAGCCCAAAGGAGAGGUGCCCAAACCUGAACCACCUCGCACUAAAGUGCCAAAAGAAAAGGUGCUUGCCAGUCAUGUGGAAGUUGUGGAAAAGGAGGCCAAGAUCAAGCCCAAGAAACAUGUUAAGGCAGAGCCUGGGGUGGAAGGAGCAAACUCCUUGGAUAUAGACAGACUUGAGGCUAGGAAGAGGCGUUUUGCAGAUGCUAACCUGAAAUCUGAGAGGCAGCUGAAGAGGAGUAGCCAAGAUGAAGAGGAAGGUCGCCUGGGUCUGAAGAAGCUGUCAGACAUGGGCAGUGGGGGAGAAGGUGACAAGAAAAUAUUAAGGAAGGAACAGCACAAGAAAGAGCACAGGAAAGCCAAACCGGAACGGUUAGUCACCGUAUGCAGCCCCAAAGAUGGGCAGGAGGCUGGCAGCAUUUCUGUGGGGAUUGGCCUAGGCCUCAGCUUGGACUUGCAGGCAAGACUGGGUGAGCAAGCUGAAGACCCUAUAGACCCUCUGGAAUUCUCCUGCAGGAAAGUAACAGCUGCAGGGAUCAAGGCCCAGCACAGGGGGGGCCUUUCUCGAAUGAUUUCUGAUGAUUUAGGCAUGGAGGAUGAUAUGCAAGACCAGGAAGGGCAAGCAUUUCUUCUGGAGUGUGAGCAGAGUCUUGGUCAAGAAAAAGGAGAAGGGGAAGAGAAGUUGCCUAUCGAUAUUGACCACUCGCAAAGCUACCGCAAGCAGAUGGAGCAGAGCAGGAGACUCAAAAAACAGCAACAGCUGCAAGACGUAGACACUCCAAAGCCAGAGAAGCAAGAGAAACCCGACAAACCAGACAGUCCCAAGCCAGAUGUGGAGGAUUUUGAAAGACGCAGCCUAGUGCACGAGGUGGGAAAGCCACCCGAGGAUGUCACAGAUGACUCGCCACCAAGCAAACGCAAGAAAGUGGAAGCCUUUGAUUUUGAAUUAAGUGCCAAGAGAGAGCGCAAUUACAGGAGUUCCCGUCAGCUAAGCGAGGACUCUGAAAGAAACCUCGCCUCCCUACCAGGGCUGCGUCUCUUUCCUUUCCACGAAGAUGAGGGAUCUGCAGACUCCCCCAGGCUGGUGACUGUAAAAGAGACCAAGGAAUCUCCUAAAACGGAAGUCUUCACUCACCUGGACUUACUCAAGUUCAAUCCUUGUGAACCAAGUAGGAGAGAGCCUCCACCAGAGUUACCCAAACUGAAGGCACCCUCCCUGAGCUGCGAGGAAGAUCUGCAGCGAUGGGGUAGCCGCAUCAAACAGGAGUCCAUUAGAUUAGAUGUCAGCUUCCCAAGCAGUAUUGUUAAGCGGGAGGGCAUCCGCAAGCGCUCGUUGAGAGAGCUGGAACCAGGGGAGGUACCGUCUGACUCUGAUGAGGACGGCGAGAACAAAACACACUCCCCUAAGGCCUCAACAUCCCUGGAGGGAUCCAGGCUUUCUUACUUUCUGAGGGAACGUGAAGAGAGACUUUCUGACCUGAAGCUCUCCAGCUCUUUGGAGAGAAACAAGUUCUAUUCGUUUGCACUGGAUCAGACCAUCACCCCUGACACAAAGGCACUGCUAGAGAGGGCUAAGUCUCUGUCCUCUUCACGGGAGGAGAACUGGUCAUUUUUGGACCGGGACUCCAGGUUCGCCAGCUUCCGCAACAGCAAGGACAAAGAGAAAGUUGAGUCAGCCCCUCGGCCAAUUCCAUCCUGGUACAUGAAGAAGAAAAAGAUCCGUACAGACUCAGAAGGGAAGCUUGAUGACAAGAAGGAGGAGCCAAAGGCAGAAGAGCAGGAGAAACGAGAGCUGUUUGCUUCACGGUUCCUGCACAGCUCAAUCUUUGAGCAGGACUCGCGUCGACUCCAGCACUUGGAGAGAAAGGAAGAGGACACAGAACUGUUUGCUGGAAGGCUCUACGGGAGGCAGGCCUCCUCCGAGGGGCUCCACAGCAGUGAGAUGAUCCAGGAGCCAGUGGUGCUUUUCCACAGCCGCUUCAUGGAGUUUACUCGUAUGCAACAGAAGGAGAAGGAGAAAGAGCAGCGGACACGGGAUACAGAGAAGCUGGAGGUUGAAACUGAGGAUGACAGGCAGGAGAGCGAACAGCCCGGGGCACCAGAGCCUGCUCCUGAGGCUGACAUCAAACCUGUCACACCAGUGAGUCCUGUUCCAAUCUUUCCAGUACCGCGGGAGCCACCACAGCAGGCAAAGGCGACUGUGGAAUCCCUGCCAGUUGUUGUCCCACCCAUACUCCUAAAAGAGGAGAAAACAAAAGCAGUCCUUGAGAAAGCUACGCCCCAGCCCCAGCCCCAGCUCCAGCCUCAAGUUCCUGUCAGCAUUGCACCAAUGGAACCUGCCAGCUUAAAUGAGGCAGAAAUAAGGCAGGAACCCAAAGGAGAAGCCCUAGAGGCAAGAGCCCCUGAAGAAGAAACCUUAAAUGCAGAGCACCCUUCAUACCUGGAUACCAAGCCACCUACCCCAGGUGCCUCCUUCACCCAUGAGGCGAUCAGUCUGGAUCCAGAGCCUGAGGUCCCAGAAUUAAUAAAUCCUGUGUCACCAAAGCCAGAGGAGGUAUCUGAGGAGCACAAAGAGGAGAUUCAGCAGCCUGAGGUUGAGACCUUGGACAAUGAGGCCCCCCAAAGGUCUGAUGAAUCCUCUGAAGCGCAGCCGCAGAAUUCUGACAAUGAUAUGGAAGUCGAACCUGUGGUCCCUGCUAGGAAACCGCCUAAGAGCAAGCGAGCAAAAACUCCACCGGCAGCAACACAACCUGCGCCUGUUCCAGCAAGUGGCUCAGAGAAACCAGCAACACGGAAAAGCGAACGGAUUGACCGUGAAAAGCUGAAACGUGCAUCUUCACCCCGGGGAGAGGCACCCAGAGCAGCCGUAGAUCCCAAAACGUCUGCAAAAUCUCCAAGUCAUGCCACAGACUCUGAAAGCUCUGAGCCCAACCUUCCAGUCAGCAGGACCAGACGCAGGAAUGUGCGAUCUGUUUAUGCCACCCCUGUGGAAGAUGAUACCCCACAGACACCGGGAAAGGAUCUUGCAGAGUCACCACGCUCCACUCGUAAACGAGGUGACAAAGAGCCACAACAGGACACUCUGACCACCCCCACUACUCCCCGUCGUGGCCGACCACCCAAAACCCGUCGACGUGGUGAGGAUGUGUCCCCUGUGAAGGGAGACGGGAUUAAACCAGAUGCUGAUGAACCGGAGAACAAAGAGGGAAGUGAAGUAAUAAAGCCAGCAGAAGGAUGGAGGUCACCACGCUCACAGAAAUCUGCACAAAGUCAGUCCUCACCACCAACAGGAAGUGCGCAUGGGAGAAAAGGAGGGAAAGCUGAGAACAAGACCCCUGAGAUUCACAUCGAGUCAGUAGAUGAAGCAGGCAUUGAGCCUUUAGAGCAGCACUCCCCUCCUGUACCAAAACUUGAAGAGGAGCCACUGGAAGAGAUCAGCAAAGCCAAGGAAGACGAGCCUAAGCAGCAGCAGCAGCAGCAGCAGCAGGAGGAGGAGGAGGAGGAGGAGAAAAAAGACAUGGAACCUGAGAAGAAUAUGAAUGAAGGGAUGGAGAAAGUGGAGGCACUGAUAGACAAGUGCUCUCCCCCUGAAAAGGGAGGGAAGGCAAAAGGAGGAGGGAGGGCUACUCGCAAUGCUAAAUCCUUGACUGAUGACAAGUCCCUAAGCCUAAAGAAUCUAGAGAUCCGGUUAAGCGUGGAUGAUGUAAAGGGGGUCCUUCAAACAAGUGAGGAAGAGCCAGAACUUCUAGAAUCGUCACCUAAGAAACCUACGCCACCACCCAUCAAGGAUGAGGUUAUGCCCCAGGGCUUCCUUAAGGAGGUUACAGAGUUGAACCCAGAGAAAGAAGAGCCAGUCUCUGACACAGAGCCACCGGCUGAUCCUGCAGCAGCACUGCUGGCACGCCAGAUGGAGCUUGAGCAGGCCGUGGAGAACAUUGCCAAGUUGACUGAGGGGCCUACACUGCCUCCCUACAAGGAGCCACCACCACCGGAGCCCGAGUUGCAACCUAUGGUGGUGGAGCCAGAAGUACAGGAUGAGGUGGAGAAGCCAGCCAACCCAGCCAGUGAGACAGAACUAGCAGCCGCCAUUGACUCCAUCACUGCUGAAGAUAUCUCUGCAGAUGCUGAUAGCUUCCCUGCCCCUGGUGGCUACACCACACUUACACCCCCAGAUCCUCUAGACUUGCCUCCUCGUACUGAAGCCACGGAGCCAGAGACGCACCUGGCCAUCAAUAAUAUACUGGAGCCAGAGCCGGAGGUGGGAAGCCUUCCCUUGGAGACCAAGAGCUCUGAUCCAGCUCCCAGUGAUGUUUCAACCCAGGAGGAAUCUCCCCCACCUGGGAUGUCUGACGUACACCAGAAUAGUAAAAAAAGACAGAAGUCCAGGAAGAACCGUAGCCGGAGAGGCAGUACAAAUCGGAAAGGUGACCCGUUGGAUGGAAACGCUUCUGAACCAGAGCCCAGCACCAUUAAACCUGCAGAGCCUGUAUCUGAGGACAUUGUUGAGUUGGAAAAGCCAACAGUGGUGGCAACACCAACAACAGCAGCAGCAGCAGCAACAAGAGCUGUGGCUUCCUGUAAACAAGAGGCAAGGAGGCCAAAAGAAACAGAGACCCCUGUUGAACAGCCUGAGCUAAGAGACAACGCCUACCACUCUGGCAACAAAAGCCCCACCCUCUUUAAGCUGCGGCAGUUGGCUGAGUCAGCCACUUCUUCCCUUAGCACUCCUCCGGCCAGGCUGACUUUGCCACCUCCCCGUCAGGUCAAACUGCCCAGCUCACCCCAGGCCACUGUACCAGAGUGGCUGAACCGACCUGAAGAAUCGCAAGCACCUUCCAAUCCACCUCCCCAAGCACCACAAGCUGCAGCAGCACCAGCGCCUAUGCCGCCUGACACCAAAGCCUCCGAUAUAGAUCCCAGCUCCAGCACGCUGCGCAAGAUCCUCAUGGAGCCUAAGUACGUGUCUGCAACUUCUGGGGGUAUACCUAGCACGCAGCUCACUACCUGCAUUAGUGAGCCUGUCAGCUCUCCCCCAUUGGAGGCCAGUAAGCCGCUACCCACAGAGGAAAAGCCAGUUGCGCCACCCCCUACAGCUGAGGCACAGCGCUUUAAUGAGAAGCCGGUGAGCUCUGUCAUUUCUCACAAAGCUAUCUCUGUCAUCAGUCAUGUGCCCCUUCCCUUUGAUUCUGAGGAGACACCCAGGAUUACACUGGGGAAUAGGGCACCCAGCAUGUCCCUCCCCAAGCAGAAGUACAGAGCCAGCAUGAACGAGAAUAACAGAUACCCCAUGGGGCCUACAAGCAUGAUGGGUGUAGAGGAGGGACGUCCAGUAGAAAGUGCACCCUUCAUCAGCACAGGCUCUGGACUUAGGGUGAACACCUCUGAGGGUGUGGUGGUGCUCAGCUACUCGGGACAGAAGACAGAGGGCCCACAGAGGAUCAGCGCCAAGAUUAGCCAGAUUCCCCCUGCCAGUGCAGUGGACAUUGAGUUCCAACAGUCUGUCUCCAAGUCCCAGAUAAAGCAGGAGCCUUUAACUCCAUCCCAGCAACCCACAACCAAGGGCUCACAGAUGCCCACAGGAUAUGGGCCUCACUCUACCGGGGUGCAUGCAGGCCAGCCCUACAACACACAGGGGGUCAUCUCUGCUGUCAAACAGGAGUCCCCUGGAGGAGAGAAAUCAGAUCCUUCUUACCACUCAGGGCCUCAGUCUGCUGCUGUCAAGAUCAUGCCCCAGACUGGUGGGAACCCACCAGUCCUGGUCUACAACCCUCUAGCCCUGAUGCACCAGCAGGCUACCAAGAAAGGCUGCACUGAGCCGGUAUCCUUAAAGGUGGAGCCUGGAAAACCAGCCCAGCCCACCAACCUGAGUCCAGGCCUCAGCCCUCACCACCCCUCUCUCACGAGCAAUCACGUAGGGUCAGGCCCCAGCACGCCAACUGAACGCUCUCUGCCACACCUGGGUGGGGUCAAACAGGAGCCUCAUUCACCAAGGACAUGUGGGCACUCGCCCUCCCCUUUCUCCAAGGUGUGUCAGCCCAGCAGUACAGCUUCUGUGGUUCUGGGUCCUGGAAUCUCCAUGCCACAGUAUGUGUCCAGUGUUCACCACCCAGAGCAGUCAGUCAUCAUGCCUCCUCACAGCGUUACACAGUCUGUCUCUCUGGGACACAUUACACAGGGUGAAGUACGAAUGAACACGCCCCCACUCCCUGGAAUGCCUUAUGGAAUCCGAUCCGAGACCCUCUCUUCACCUCGCUCUGGACUGCAAACGCAGAGAUCCAGCACGCCGCAGCCGGCCGGGAUAAGGGAUAUGGUCUUGCAGCCCAUACCGUCAGGAGAGGACGAUGUGCUACACUACCACCAGGGUAUACGCCGUCCCUCUACCCAGAUGCAGCCUGACAUGAUGGUGAUGCAGCCGGACUACCGCUUGCACCACGGUGGCAUGCGUCUCGACCAGUACAACAUGGCCCAACAGGACAUUAUUCUGUCCCGGGACGUCCGCAUGAUCAUGCACCAACAAAUGGGUGACCAGCACCACCCCGACAGCAGGCAGGCUCGCACUCCUGAGUCCUCUGUGAAAACGCCUCCGGCUAGCAAGACGCCCCAGCCAGGGAAGGAGACACCAAAACCGGCAGAGGUCAAGCUAGCACCCUCCCCGCACAGCGAGGCACGGAUAAUGGGUGUUUCACCUGGCAUGCCCCAGCUCUCCCAGCCUGUCAUGGUUUCCCACGGGGUGCAGCUCAUGCAUUCUCCUUCAGGCUCCUACCACGACUACCCAGGAGUCUACCGUGACAUGAGGAACUUCCAGCUCUCCCACCCGCAGUUCCCAGGACCUACGCCCCUCGGGAUGAACCUGCCUCCUCGCAGUAUCACUCCAUCACAGGGCAUGUCUGAUGGAGAGCAUGGGCACGCAAGCCAGCCAAUCAGAAGCAAGACACCACAAGUGUCUGUAGACCCAAAAGGAGCAGGAGGUCCUGACAGUGGCCACCUGAGGCACACAGGGCCAAUGGACCCAACUCUCUCCCAUCUUCAGAGGGUACAGAGCGAGACAGGCUCACCUUCCUAUCCGUCUCCUGUGUCCAUCUCCCUCAAGCAUGACCUGCCCCAGACACCAGGGCAGAAACCACAGCAGCAACAGCCCUUCCCCCAAACAUCACUGGGGAAUGUGAUGCCUGGGCUUCCCCCAGGGCUACCGACUGGGCUGCGGCCUGACACUCAGACACUCGGCAAACAGGAACACUCGCACAGACCCGUCGACAUGGUGCAGCUACUCACGAAGUACCCAAUCGUGUGGCAGGGUCUUCUUGCUCUGAAAAACGACACGGCCGCAGUUCAGCUUCACUUCGUGUCGGGGAACAAUGUGCUGGCUCACCGAUCGCUGCCCGCGCCUGAGGGAGGGCCCCCGCUGCGCAUCGCUCAGAGGAUGAGACUGGAGGCCUCCCAGCUCGAGGGGGUGGCCCGCAGGAUGACGGUGGAAAGUGAUUAUUGCUUGCUGCUGGCACUCCCCUGCGGGCGGGACCAGGACGAUGUACUCAACCAGACUGAGUCUCUGAAAGCUGCUUUCAUCAGCUACCUGCAGGCCAAGCUAGCUGCCGGGAUCAUCAACGUUCCCAAUCCCGGAUCCAACCAGCCUGCCUACGUGCUGCAGAUCUUCCCGCCCUGCGAGUUCUCAGAAAGCCACCUGUCUCGGCUGGCCCCUGACCUGCUCGCCAGCAUCUCCAGCAUCUCGCCGCACCUCAUGAUCGUCAUUGCCUCGGUCUGAGCACCGGUCUCGGUCGGAGUCUGUGUGAGGGGGAUCCAGCCCCCGCCAGGACGCAUGCUUCCUCUCUGCUGGGCCCUUGCGCUGCUCAGCCGCGGUUGAUUUCCUUGCUUCCAAUUUUGUCUGCUUGGGGACAACCCUGUCUAAUGGGCAGACUCUCUUCAUUGUUUUUCCAAAAGGAUUGGAUCUACCAUUGCACUAUAUUGGAACCAUGGACCUAUGUACAGAUAGAAGGGUGUUGCUAUAUAUAAAUAUAUAAAUAUACAUUUAUGUACGGGCUCUUACAAAGGCCUCCUUGUACAUUGAACUAAACAAAGACAGGACCUGGGAAAGCCUGGCCUUCAGAAUCAUGUCACCACAAUGCUUCAUUAUCUCCCUUUGAUUCCCUUCCUGCCUCUUCCUUCAAUCUAAAGGAUUAGUGUCAAAUUUUGGGAUGUACAGUUUACAGAACCCAAAGGGACCUCUGGUUUUUUUGUGUUGUUUUUUUUCCUUUGGGAUGAGGUUGUGAUUGAGACACAGACUCUGUAAAUAUAUAAAUAUUUAAAAGAUGAAAAAAGGACUAAAAGAGAAAAAACUCACAUACAUUUUUUAAAUCUGUGCCAAAACGUCUUUUCAGAGAAAAAAACAAAUCUUAUUUUCAUACUUAGACUUUGUAUUGUCAUUCAUUCGUAAGUGUGCUUCAUUUUGACAUUGCCUUUUGUUUUUGUUUUUUAUUUCCUUCUCAAAAAGAAAAAAAAAACAAACCUUGAGAGUUUUAUGCUUGUAAAGAUGUUCUUCUGUAAGUCUUGUUAAUUUAUGGAAACUUUUUGCAACAAUUUCUUCUCCGUCGUUCUUUCAACUUACAAACUCAAAAAAGAAUAACAGUUUAAACCGGACAUUCGGCGCCCCUGCAUCAGUGGGAAAUGGUACGUAAAGGGACAUUCAUACCAAUCUGAGCCAGCAGCAACAUCCACAGACAAGUCUUCAACAGCUAGCCCGUCUCUCCCUGUGUCUUUCUAACUACAUGUGUACAUAGUAUUGGGAUUCUGUGUUUAAGAUUUUUUUUUAUACAUUUUUUUUUUGGGGACAUUAACUUGUAAAGAGAAAAAAAAACAAACAGACAAACUUGAAUCAUGUAUCAGUUAUGUGGUGUAAAUAUUUGUAAAACUUCAGACUGACGAUUCUUUCAUGGUAAUGUUGAAGGCACUUAUAAUUUUGAUACACAGAAUAAAAACAAAAUACAAAAAAAAAAAAAGUAAGUAGUCUGCACAUCUGACGAUGUGACGUUCUUUUCCGGUGGAUUACUGGCCCAUGAGUAGAUAUCUGGAAUUUGAUUGAGGCAGUGGAGCUUUCAAGUUAUAACUGACCAACAAGAGGUGCUUCAUGUUGAAUAUGUCCUCCCUUGGCUCCACCUUAUUGCACACAGCAAUAGGUUACAAAUAGCAAAUCCAUGUUUUUGAUGGAUGCAUCUGUCAGAUCAUUCCAAAAAAAAAUCAUAGAUUUGCACAAGGGUAGUAGUCUGGUGGACAGCAGUACAUUAUCCUAUUGAAUUUUUUUUUUUUGUACCGGUUAUAUUGGCUAUAUAGUUCUGAAGGGAUAUUGGAAACUGUAGCUUUGAGUAAUGACUAUCAAGCCAAGAGUGUGUACUCUAGCACUUAAUGGUGGCCACUUCAUUGUAGCUAGCAAAUGGAAGGCAAACAAGGGAAGCAGUAGAAACAAGAAUGCUAACUCAAACCAUGAAGACAGCAAUGAGAUGUGGCUGAUUGAGGAGAGGAGCUGCAGGGGCACCGAUGGUGUUUCUGUUGUGUCCUGAUUUCUGAUCGCUUGCAACCAGGCAUCAAUAACAUAUGAUGUUUUUUCGUAAUAAAUAUGAAGGCAAAAUGUGCAUUUCAAUUGUUAAGUGUGAAAGAGGUUAUGCUUUAUUAAAUGCAAUGAAACCAGCCAAAAAUGUUGCAAUACGACAGGUGUGAUUCAAAACCGA